GAUGGACUCGCAGAGAUCGGGAGUGGAGAUUGUGGACCGUCUUCAGAGACAGAUCAUCGUGGCUGACUGCCAGGUUUAUCUCGCUGUGCUGUCGUUCGUCAAACAGGAACUCUCAGCAUACAUCAAAGGAGGCUGGAUCCUCCGCAAGGCCUGGAAAAUGUACAACAAAUGCUACAGCGACAUCAGCCAACUGCAGGAAGCCUGCCGCCGACGCUCCUCCGACCAGCAGGGGGCGCUGGCCUCCGAUCAGGACAAUCACAACACCUCAGCUGAGAGCGGCGGCCGGGUAACAGAAGAGGUUCUGGACCGUCUGAAGGGUUCUGUCAGCUUCGGCUAUGGGCUCUUUCACUUGUGCAUUUCGAUGGUGCCUCCACACCUGCUCAAGAUCGUCAACCUGCUGGGCUUCCCUGGAGACCGUCACCAAGGUCUCUCCUCCUUAGUAUACGCCAGCGAGAGCAAAGAUAUGAAGGCGCCACUUGCCACUUUGGCUCUUUUGUGGUACCACACCGUGGUGCAGCCCUUCUUUGCUCUGGACGGCUCUGACUCGCAAGCUGGGCUCCUGGAAGCCAAAGCCAUUCUGCAGAAGAAGGCGAUGGUUUACCCAAACUCCUCUCUCUUCAUCUUCUUUAAGGGACGGGUGCAGAGAUUAGAGUGCCAAAUCAACAGUGCGCUGGCGUCAUUUCAGGAUGCUCUGGAAUUUGCCUCUGACCAAAGAGAAAUCCAACACGUGUGCCUCUAUGAAAUUGGCUGGUGCAGCAUGAUAGAGAUGAACUUUGAAGAUGCUUACAGGUCGUUUGAGCGGCUGAAGAAUGAAUCCCGAUGGUCACAGUGUUACUAUGCUUACCUCACUGGAGUAUGUCAGGGGGCUUCUGGGGAUCUAGAGGGAGCCAAAGCUGUUUUCCAAGAUGUCCAGAAGCUUUUUAAACGCAAGAACAAUCAGAUUGAGCAGUUUGCACUGAAAAGAGCAGAGAGGCUGAGGAAAGUCUCCCUUACGCGAGAGCUGUGCAUUCUGGGUGUUGUGGAGGUGCUAUACUUAUGGAAAGCUCUUCCAAACUGCUCUUCCUCCAAACUCCAGCUUAUGAACCAAGUGCUACAGGGGCUGGAUGAGCAGUCGAGCCUGGGCCUAAAACACCUGCUGCUUGGUGCUAUUCAGAAAUGUCUUGGGAAUAUUAAAGACGCUGUUCAGUCGUUCCAGCUGGCAGCGCAGGAUGAAUACGGCCGUCUGAAUAACAGCUAUGUGCAGCCCUAUUCCUGCUAUGAGCUGGGCUGCGUGUUACUGGCUAAACCGGAGACCCUGAGUAAAGGAAGGUCAUUGCUGCUUCAGGCCAAGGAGAACUACGCGGGGUACGACUUCGAGAACAGGCUGCACGUCCGCAUCCAUUCUGCCCUCGCCUCCCUAAAGGAAGUGGUCCCUCACUGACCCGUCCGUCCCACCUCAGAAGAGCUCCUGUCCAGCACUUUUUGAAACGAAAGCCAUUUGAAGUAAUCCAGCUUUUCUGGAGGGAGAAACUGAAAGUCGGCGGAUUUCAGGUGACAGAGGACGAGUUUGCCAAUAUUUUUCAGCCUAGUAGUGAAAAGGUUCACUCUUCAUGUAGCUGUUGGUCCCAGUGAUCUAAUCUCAUUUUCAUGAUCACAUUUACACCCACGUCAUAGUGCAGAUCCACAGAUUUUGUGUGUUCAGGAUUGAUCUGCAGAAGUGCAGGAAAACAUAACUCUCACAAAGAAACACAAGAGUAGACCAACUGGCUAGAUCCUUUCCCAGAGCUUGCGCUAUCAUACAAAACACAUUAGCAUGGGAUAGAACUCUACAUUAGAUAACAUUAAUACAUAAAAAUGAAAUGUAUAUUGUGUAACCCUUUAUCUCCAAGAAAUAGUAGUAUCCAACUUACCAAUAACUACCUGUAUGUCAAAUCAAGUUUGUAUGCGUCUGGUGUAAUGGCCGACCGAUAUGAGACCGAAAUGGCCAUGCUAUGAUUUCACUGAAAUAAAUGUUUAAUUACAUUAGUCCAAUUUGCAUAAAAUCUGUGUUCAGUUAAUGAUAUUAAAAUGUAUUUUUACUUAAAACAAUUAUUAUAGUUAAUUAUUUAUGAUUCAGUAACACUUUAUUUUACAGCGUCCUUGUUACUUUCUAUAAUAAUUAGAGUAAAUUCUGCUUAAUUAUAUGCAACUAACCCUAAAC